CUGUUCCCUGCCUGCGCCAGUCGUGCUGGCCAAGCCUCCUGAGGUAUACGGUGACAGAAGCAGCAGCAGUAGCUCCUCGCUUAGCAGGGAUAUCCCGAGACAGUCUCUGUCUGUCGCGUCAAGUUUCCCCACGAAAAGAUUUACUGAGCAAGGAGACAAUUCGCCGCAGCUUAGUUACCAUUAGAUAUAAAGUUCAUCCGAUACUCAAGAAUUAACCCCCAUCCUGUGUCUUCUGACUAUCACAUAAUCAAAUGAGUAAGAACUUCACACAAGUUGCAUGAACUCCUUGCAAGAAAACAUUAUUCCUAUUCUCAGGUUAUAAUGGGUCAAACUUUGCUUCAAAGGCUGGGAACUCUCCUCUACAUAGUCAACCCUAAGACAUCUAGUUUUGAACAUGCUGAUGACGUUCCCAACUAUGUGGAUGAGGCAGUGCCGCUUUUUGUUGCCUUCAUGACUUUAGAGGCAAUUAUAAGGAAAUUUCAAGGUAAAAAUGUUCGAGUCAAUGCAAGUAUAUGUUCCUUUGGAAUUGGCAUUCUGCAUGAAGCUACUGUUUUUCUGUCUGCGACCUUGAUGUUCUUUGGAUACCAGUGGCUGUACAAGUUCAGAAUAUUAGACCUACCCUGGGAUUCCUUAUACACUUGGUUUGGUGCCUUCAUCUUCAUUGACUUUUGCUAUUACUGGAUUCAUCGAGCUAAUCACGAAGUCAACCUCCUCUGGGCUGCACACCAAGUUCACCACUCUUCAGAAGACUACAACCUCACAAUAGCGCUGAGACUUUCCAUAUUCCAGAGGGCUGCAUCCUUUGGAUUCUAUCAACCAUUGGCCAUCAUUGGCUUCCCUUUCUCUAUGGUCAUUGUUCAUGCUGCCUUCAAUUACUUGUUUCAAUUCUGGGUUCACACAGAUUUGAUAAGAAGUUUGGGCCCCCUUGAAUAUGUCAUCAUGUCACCCUCUCAUCAUCGAGUCCAUCAUGGUUCAAACAAAUGGUGCCUAGACAAAAACUAUGCCAGUGUUUUCGUCCUCUGGGAUCGUUUGUUCGGUACAUUUGAAGCAGAGAAAAAAGACGAGGAAAUUGUCUAUGGACUCACCGAUCAACCUCAAACACACAAUGCUGUUUACAUGGAGUUUUUCUACUUCAAACACUUGUACCAGAAAGCUAGAAGUAUGACCACAUGGAAAGACUCUCUGAAAGCAAUCUUCUAUGGUCCAGGAUGGUCCCCCGGGACACCUCGACUGGGAGAUCCAGCCACUUUUCCUGAUAUCAAAGCCCCGAGACAGAAAUAUGAUCCUCCAGUAUCGUUAUGGCUUGCAUUAUACCUUAUUAUUCACACAGGCUUCAUUUUCCUUGGCCAACAAACUUUGCUCCACUAUCUGCCAGUAACUUCGUGGGUGACAAUUGUAUUGGCUCUGUUUUGCAUCUUUCUAUCAGUAGCUGUAACAGGAGGCCUGAUAGAUAAUAGUUGGUGGGCAGCACCAAUGGAAGCUGUGCGUUGUGCUGCAUAUGUCACUUAUGCAUACAGCAGACCUGUCACUGGCAUCCCCAUUAUUGAUAGCAUCGUUCUAACCUGUUUUGCGGCUUCCAUGUUGAUUUGGACUGUACAUAGUGUACAACAUUUAUCAACUACAUGGAAACCAUCACAAAAACUUUCAAAAUUAGAAUGAAAAUUUUAAAAAGUAACAAAACUUUCUGUGAAAGUCUCUCACUGCUGAAAUUUUAGUAUUGUACUGUGUAUCAGUCAUUGUUGAAGUUCACAUGCAGAAUAAUAAGUAACGGAUAUAAUUAAAAAAUAUUGUCGGAAUGGCUUAUAUUGUAAGGACAACGCUUUUUCGUAUAUAUUUUUUUAUAUUAUUGUCCUAGCCGCGUUGUACCUUUAACCUUUAUGUAAAGCACUUUCCGGCCUUUCCGUCGAUGCAUAAAUCACACAUGUCCGACGUUUGCAGUCUUAAUUAUCUCUGUAUAAAUGUCUCUGAGAAAACACAAAUCGGCUAUCACCGAUCCCCGUUUCCUCUCUCUCACAAGUCAGACUACAUUGCGGUCCGCACACUGUAAUUAUAAACCUGCCUUGACCUGUAAUAAAGUUUUCUACGGGCUGCUCUAGGAGCAAGAGCCCGUUCUGGUAUAAGGCCAGCUUAAUCUCAAACAACAACUGUAAUAAAGUUAGUACUGCGUUA